AUGGACUACACGGAGGCGAAACGUGAGCAGGAUGCUCCGAAGCUGCUAAGUUGGAAGGAAGCGGAGCAGCUCCGCUGGCAGAGGUGUGGGGCAGCGAAGCAGGAAGUUGUUGCGGCUCAACUUGUUGUGACAACGAAGUCGGUUCGGAAGGCGGCGCCAACAGGCCCGACCGACGAGCCGACUCGAGAGAAGCCGCGUCGGAAGCCGGAGGGGCGUCAGCAGCCGCUACCGGAACAGCUACUUCUGGGGAACAGGGAGCAUCUACACUACUCUGUGGCUCGGAGGAUGUCGGUCUCUCGGAGUGGGGCAUCUCGGGGAGAUGCUCAUCCGUACUAUUUCCAUCUUGUGCGCGACGCCGUUUAUUAUUCAAAAGCGGCACACCCACCUGAGGAACAGACGGAACAACAUCAGAUUUGGCACGCAAAGGAGGAAAUUCUGUGUCAGGGGCGUGCAAAACCUGCGGCGGGGCGCUACUACCACUGGACUCACUGGCACUCCAGUGAGAGCAGACGGAGCGAUAAGAACAGAAGAAAGAAGAGGCCGGACGUGGAAGCCGGACGCUGGAAGACGGGGCCAGGGCAGCCUGUCUUCACGACUGUGACACCGCGGACGUCGCGGGGGCAGCGAAGCGCCAACGAGACGGGGCCUUGUCGCGGUCCUGGGAGGACCGGCAGGGCAUCGCACCCACGACCCGAGCCAGGACAGCACGGAGACGCGUCCUUCAGGCGUCAGCAGUCACCUUCAGCAGCGGCUUCAGCGGCUGCGGGCUACGCGACGCCACGCCCUGCCCGAGAUGGCGCAGCGCCAGAAAGGCGAUGGCAACUCGGCUCCGGAGACAGCAACGUCGGCACGCAUCUGUACGUACCAGAACAGCGCAGCGCCAGCUACUCAACACGUCGCAUUGCAGACACAGCAGCCGCUCUAAGACGGCGCAGCGCUCUGCCCCCGGCCGCCCCCACACCAGAGGCGGCGCCGGCCUCUGUCACCCCCGUGUGGGGGCGGAGCGGCGCCCAGGCGCUGACGCUCUGCCUCCGGGUCUCCGCGGCAGCUCGCAGGGCGGCGGCGCCUGCCGCAGACAGGAGUACGGAUGAGAGAAGCCACGCAGACUUCCGCUGCGCUUGCCCUCCUGUGGAGCCCGCGCUGCCAGCUGACGCGCACGGCCUCUGCCUGUCUGCUCCCCAGUGUCGGCAGCGGACAAUGCAGCCGGCGGUGGUCGUCGCCGCGCUGGCGGCUCUGUUGGCUUCAGACGGGACGGUGCUGGACUGCGUCUGCAGCCACCUCCGCGACGUCACUGGCUCCGCCAGCAUCUGGGGAGCGAGUGCCGGAGAACGUUACAUCUGGUUGCACUACUGUGAAUAUCCCGAAUGGUUCCCAGUGGCCGUAGCGUGCGGGGCCCCGGAGCGCCCGCCCGCCGCAGACUCGCCUGUGGAGCGCCUGACGGCCCGCCUCUGGGACUACGGGCCGCCGCCGCCCGCAGGUGGGCGGCAGGGAGGGAGAGCGGGCUGCGGCGCCGCCCUGGCCGAGCUCCGCCGCCUCGCGUGGGACGAAGCCUGGCAGCUCGUCCAGCAGCUCGACUGCCGGAUCGCCGACGGCUGCGUCGACUCCUGCCCUGUGCCGAGGUUGAACAACAUGGAAUGGAACAUGACAACGCUGCAAACAGAUGAUCUGAAGCAUAUCCUGUGUCAGUCACUCCAAGCUGUGCGGCGCAUCACAAGAGCCACGGUCGGCAGGAUGAGAUGUGAGAGCUGGCGUCUACCUGACUCUGAGUGGAUGUAUAAAACUGUUUUCCAGGAACGCCGCUCCAGCUACUGGCGAGACGUGGCGCAGCUGCUCUCGCUCAGUGCGACGCACUACUCACAGCUGUUGGUUCCCCUCGCAUUAGAAGAUAUGGGUAGCCACACGAGUGGUCAGCAACUCCAUGGUUGGACCAAGGACGUGGAACGUGUGAAAGACAAGCUGCACACGAAAUUAACCGGAUUGGUACAAGACGCGCAAUACGUCAGCAAACAGGUAGAGCACUACGAGAUGGACGAAGACAAGGACAGGCCGGGACGCUUGAUAUUCAGGCGGCCGCUGUUGAGUGAACGCCUACUGCGCUAUCAGCCGUGGAACCUCUCCUUUCCCGACGACUUCAGUGCGCUGUGCGAGGAGCGGCAGCCACAGGCGUCGCAGAUGUUCAGCCUCGCUGCCUCACUGUACGCCGCCUAUCGCAUCUACUGGUACGCUGCAGCUGAGUACAUCGAUUUAUUAUAUGAAGAUGAAUUCAAGACUGUAGAUGAGGAAUGGCAGCUGGAGGACAGAAGCAGCGCUACGCUCUCCGUGGACACUGACUGUGUGCAGCUAUUGGCGAACGCCCUGGACCACCCCACGUGUCCGCUGGAAGAUCUGCCGCUGGAAGCCCUUAAGCAGCGCAAGCAGUGCCGUGUGCAGCUGUGGAACGACGUGGUGCAGAGGUCGCCCCACAUACCCGUCACCAGCUACCUGGCCUACACGCAGAGGGUGAACGUCAACCUCUGUCUGCUGGCCUGGGUGGCAGUCAACUCGUACAGCAUUUGUCAGGGCGUCCCGUUUAGUAUGAUACAGUCCGUGAGUGAUACUCGCUGCUAUUUCAAUAGACCUGACGAUCAAUCGUGUCUGCAAUCGAACGCUACAGAUGCCAUCUGCUCUGUUUCCAGAGCUAUUCUGUUGCUGAAGUGUCGCGAUUUUUCCUCCUUUAAGCAUUACCAUAAUUGUACGCUCAUUUAUUUCCCAUUUCUAUGGAGCGAUCGUACUAGCAGCAUACUGCAUCAAAAGCUAACAGAAGAAGCGCUGAACUACAAAAGCAGUUUAAAUAACGCUACCUUAAAAUACAAGGAUUUCAAAAUCGACAGCUUGAAGCCUUUAGAAAUCUCAUUUAUAAUGGUAAAUAUUAUUUUCCGUUUUUCGACUGCCGGAGUAUACAUGUACCUUCCACAGUUACGUAACUUGCCUGGAAAGAUACUCUUGUCCUUUCAGAUCACGUGUAUAAUCCAGAUCCUGUGUUCUGAGGUCGUGUAUCGUAUGACAGGUUUCCCUGACUUACCUACAGCAGAGCUGAUAGAUAGCGCCCUCACACUUCUCAGCUGUAUCUGGCUAAACUCAUUCUGCUACCACAUGUACGCUUGUGUUCGUCAUCUCAGGCUUCCUAACGACCUGCUACCUGCUGAAGUAAGCAAGUUAUUCUGUCGUCAGGUGUUGCAUGUGUUAAUACCGUGGAGUAUAGUAUGUGUGGCAACUGUUGCUUUGGAAAAGACGAGUAAAUAUUACCUGAUCCACAGUCGUGUGUUAGUCCUUGUGGGGAUUUCACUGUCAGUGGCUUUCAAUUUGGUUUAUCUCGGACUGGUUGGAUACAUGUACCUACGUACUCGGUAUACAUUGCGGCAACUCAAAAUUGUUGAUAACACAAAAUUUGCCUCAAAGAAGGAAUGUCUUUUUAUGUCAGUUAAGACCGUUAUUUUAAGCGGAAUAGGUAUUAUUAUUAGAAUUGGGUUCCACCAGGCUCAAGGGAUAGCGCAGUUUGUGUAUUAUGUACAUCUAGCUACUAUGGUGCAAGGACCAGUGCUCUUCGUCUGUUUCGUUUGUAAUGGAACGACGCUCCCCAUAGUGAAGUACAGGGUAAUGGCAUGGUGGAACCCAAAUAGCAUCCCUGCAGAGCUAGAGCUGUGUUCAGCAGCUGAGAGGAAUCUGGCCAGGAGAAACAAUGAACAGUCUCUGGUUGCAGAAUCCUCUCUGUAGCCUCCUUCAGUAUUGUUCUCAAGAAACUGUCUUGACAGUAGUCUGCAUUAAAGCCAGUAAUAAAAAUUGAA